AUGGAAAUCUCCGGGGAAUCAAAGCCACAGCCACUGAACAUGAAGGUGAAACCAAUUGAAGCAAUACCAGAGAGUUUUAAAGAAUAUGGGCAAGUCAUAGAGGCAUCACCUGAUGGUGAGGGGUUUGGUCCUAAAGAUGCUCAGCUAAACCUUAGCCAAGGAAUUCCUAGGUUUUACAUCAUGAAGCUGGAAAAAAGGCCACUGAAGUUUCCAACAAUAACACACCAUGCUAGUGUGACUCAGUGCCUUGGAUCAAUUGGAGGCGGGGACUGGUAUCUUGGAGUAGCUAAGCCAUCGAUUGUGGAAACAAAAGAAAAUGCAGGGAGUGAUGUUGUGCAGUCAAAAUGUGGUCAUUUCUAUGUGCCUCCUGCUGUUGAUAAGGUCCAGGUUUUCAGAAUUUCUGGGUCCAAGUUUAUAAAACUUAAUAUUGGAACUUGGCAUGCGGGGCCGUUGUUUAAGCCACAGACAAUGGAUUUCUACAACUUGGAAUUGAGCAACACCAAUGUGGUGGAUCACACAACACACAACUUCAAGCAGCAAGAUGGUGUUGUUUUUGUUAUAGAUGACUAA